AUGCCGAAACACGAGUUCUUUGUGGACAUGACCUGCGAAGGCUGCUCCAAUGCGGUCACCCGUGUCCUGCACAGGCUGGGAGGCGUCCAGUUUGAUAUUGACCUGCCCAACAAGAAGGUGUACAUCGACUCUGAGCACAACGUUGACACCCUAUUGGAAACCCUAAAGAAGACUGGAAAGAACGCUUCCUACCUUGGGGAGAAGUCUGCGCAGUAGCCUUGCCUGGUGUGAGGAGGCUAGGAACUCAAACCUGACUUCAGCAAAAAGAUGGCUUAACUGUUUGCAUAUCUCCCAACUUGCUCUGUCAUUUGACCUUUACUACCCUGCCAGAUGUCGGAAAGCAGAGGGCUGGCAGGAGGAGACAGCUGCGUCUUGGGCUUUAAAAGUGGAGAAAUCUAGAGGAGGAGGUUAUAUGCUGUUUCUAGUCCCACAGUAAAUCGAGGCGCUGCUUCUAUCUUUCA